UCGUGUGAGUACUUGAUACUGCUAACCGCCAACCGGGAAGACAACGGGAUGGCAAUGAAACGUUGUUGCAUUAAUUAUUCAUAUGGCAAUAAAAUAGACCGCGAUUUGCAGCAGCCAAAACAGUCGAUGAUCAAACCUAGAAGCCAAAGCAAGCAACAAGUUUUAAUAAAGAAAAAUGUUUUUAAAAUAUUUAAUGAUAUGUCUGGUGCUGGUGUUGCAGCUAGCACACUGCAUUCCAGCUAGGAAAUAUGAAUUCAUACCGGCGCGCUGCAAUAAUUAUCCAGGCGUGGAGGCACAAAUUGGCGGUCCUCUUAGUCUGUGCAGCUUUCCGCCCAAGUAUGAGACACCUGAUAAUGAGGACAUAGAAGCCGUCAUCAAGCACAUACAGGGAUUAAAUUUAAAUUAAAUGACAUAUUAUUACAUUUAUUUUUAGUUUAGAGAACUUUACACUUUAUUU